AUGCGAACCUCUCCAAGGUGCCGGAAGGCUUUAUCUGUACAUGAAGGAGAAAAAACAUUGUUUGACGGUGCACUGAAGUCACCUGCAGACCCAGCGCCGUUUGAAUUUCGUAAACGGCGCAGCGCCUCCCUUAUCGAGAGAUUAUCUGGGCUAGAAAGCGAACCGAACGGGGUGUCGUCAACACCUGAGAUAGACAGGCUCGGUAGCCCGCUGCCCUUCGUAGGCAAAAAGCGAGGACACUUAGAUAUGGCCAUCAGUACACCGGCAAGGACAAAUGUAAGUAAGACACCUAAGAGACCGAGAUCAAGUCCGAGUUCAAGCCAAACGGCGAGUAGGAUAUCUAAGGAUGUGACAGAAGCUCCAUCGCUCGAAAGUCCUGUAGACUCUGGCAGUGGCCACAGCUCUUUUCUACCGCAGGUCCGACUACAACAACCUUCGCAACCACAUGAGAAGAUUCCGGGGCCUGUCAGUGUUUUUGCUUUACCCGCCCGGCCUCUUCCCGCAUUUCAAAAGAGGCGAAUUUCGUCAAUAUCGAGGCACACGGAGAAGGCGGAAGGCGAGCCUUGCCAGAUGGGAAUAGCAAAGACGGAUUCGAAGAUGAAUGGCAUAUGCAGUUCAUCACAUAACCAGAGUGCCGUGCGUGAGAUCCAGCUACGCAGUGUACAGCUUCGCAGUCCGCAAGGUGAACACAUACAGAUUCAUUACGCUCGAGAUGAACAUGGAGAGUAUCCUAUCCUUGAACGAGCUCGAUGGGAUGGAGGGGCCGCUGAUGAUUACUUGGACAUCCCGAAAAGAGGGGACCAGAAUCGUAGCAGCGCUUCCCCGAGGUUAUCAAAGCAAGAGAGGAACAAGGAGAAGGCCACUUGA